GUCAGUGUCCUCUCCAUGGGCGGGGCAGGGGCUCUCUAUAUAUCUGAGGAACACAGGGAGAGCCCAGCAGAGGCUGCAAGGCGUGUUGCAGACAGAACCCAGCCCGCUCUCCUCUCCAGCAUGAAGCUGACCAUGGUCUUUCUGCUGGCUCUCUUGGCUGUAUGUAGUAGUUCAGCUUUGUGUUCUGCAGCUUUUGCCUUUUUCAAGGAUUUUCUAGCCAAACCCCCCAUCCAACCUACUGAGAUCCAGAAUUCCGUUGUCAAGCCUGUGGUGGAGUCAGUUCCUAACCCUAUCUUCAGCAACUUCAGUUUGCUCAGGUUAAUCCUGAGAAGCCUGGGGAUCCCUGUGGACCACCUGAUAGAAGGGUCCAAGAAGUGUGUGAAGGAGCUAGGAUCUGAGUCUGUGGAAGCGCUGAAGACCUUGCUGGGGGCCCUGACAUAUUACGGUUGAGAUGAAGCUGGACUGAAGCAGCCUCAAGACAACAGACAGUAGGAUGCCCAAAUGUGAGGCCCACCGGGCAUGUUCCCAACCUCUAGAGCAUUGUGGAAAUCUCUCCUGGGAUGGGCCCUUGAAUUCCUUUCAUCCAUUGUAAUACAUUUAAUAAAUUGAGUUCAAAGCAGAUCUUA